AGAUUUUAGGCUCCGAACAAUUUUGUCAAAGCAAUUUCUUCUCUUAAGGAAGAAGAAAAGCAAAGAAUCUCCGAAGAAGGAAAGAUCAUAUGGAAGAAAUGGGUGAUCAGUUGGUGAAAGCAAAGGAAUUUGAGAAGAAAGCAGACAAGAAGCUCAAUGGUUGGUGUUUGUUCGGUUCUAAGUACGAUGAUGCUGCUCAACUUCUCGGUGAUGCAGCUAAUUCCUACAAGCUCGCCAAGUCAUGGGAUCAAGCAGGAAAAGCUAAUGUGAAACGGGCUAACUGUUUUCUAAAGUCAGAAAACAAACAUGAUGCUGCAAACGCAUAUACUGAAGCUGCGAAAAACUACAAGAAAGUAAACACAAAUGAAGCGGCAUCUUGUUUAGAGCAGGCAGUGAAUAUAUAUUGCGAGAUAGGAAGACUUAGCAUGGCUGCAAGAUACUAUAAGGAAAUUGCUGAGUACUACGAAUCUGAUCAGAACAUCAAACAAGCUAUUACUUAUUUUGAAAAGGCAGCUGAGUUUUUCCAAAGUGAAGAAGUAUCUAGUUCUGCUAACCAGUGCAAGCUAAAGAUCGCCCAAUAUGCUGCCCAACUACAACAAUAUGAGAAGGCAAUAAAGAUGUAUGAAGAAGUAGCCCAAUAUUCCCUCAACAAUAACUUGCUUAAGUAUGGAGUCAAAGGGCAUCUUCUUAACGCUGGUAUUUGUCACCUAUGCAAAGGCGAUGUUGUUUCCAUUACCAAUGCCUUGGAGAAAUAUCAGGAUUUGGAUCCAACUUUUUCAGGAACACGAGAAUGCAAGUUUUUGGCGAACAUUGCUAGAACCAUUGAUGAGGAAGAUGUCGCACAGUUCACAGAUGUUGUCAAGGAAUUUGAUAGCAUGACACCUCUGGACACCUGGAAGGCAACAUUGUUAUUAAGGGUUAAGGAGAAGCUGAAGGCGAAGGAACUUGAGGACGAUGACUUAACCUAAAGAUAUUUUUAUUCAGUGAAGUUGUACUAUUUGAGAAUUAUCACAUGUGUUGGUUCAUACUCCAUUUGUCCAUACCCUUCUUUGGGUUUUAGAGUACUCAAUUACUUAUUUUCAUCUAUAAUAUCUCUACUUGGUUUU